AUGCUAUGCAAAGUUUUGAUACUAGGGGCCGGUGGUCUAGGUUGCGAACUGCUGAAAAAUCUGGUUAUGCUUAAUGAAAUAGUCAAUGAGAUUCAUAUCAUUGACUAUGAUACGAUCGAGUUGACUAACCUGAAUCGACAGUUCCUGUUCACUACAAACGAUAUUGGAAAAUCAAAAGCUGAAGUGGCAGCCAACUACAUUAAAUCACAUUUCCCAAAGUUAAUAAAUGAAGAUAAAUUGAAAAUUGUAGCUCAUUACAAAGAUUUGACUAAGGUCCCUAUUGGAUUCUUAAGUAAAUUUGAUUUUGUUAUUUCUGGCUUGGAUGCAAUUGAACCACGCAGAUUCAUCAACCAAAAAUUGGUUGAAUUAACAAGAACAACGAAUUUCGAAAAGUGCAUACCGUUUAUAGAUGGAGGUGUAGAAGGUUUAAAAGGCCACGCAAAGACAAUUAUACCAGGUAUUACUGCUUGUUGGGAGUGCUCGAUAGAUACAUUUCCGCUUACACAACUCACAGUUCCAAUGUGUACUAUAAUAAACAACCCAAGGAAUAUCGACCACAUUAUAGAGUAUGUGGUUUCAGUAGAGUUGAAAAAUUUGAACUAUGAUAACGAAGAGGAUCAAAACACAUUGCUAUCGCAUUGCAUCCAAAGAGCAAAUAAAUACAAUAUUGAACUUGACCCAUUGAAAUUUAAUACAAAUUACAUUAUUGGAAUCGUGAAAAAAAUUAUUCCAAAUGUAUGUACAACAAAUGCAAUCAUUGCCGGUCAAUGUUGCAAUGAACUAUUGAAAAUAUACUACGACUUAAGUGACUUUGAUAAUUUAGAAAACUUCACAAAUUAUAAUGGAUCUCAAGGAUCAUAUUUAAUUAGUUUUUCUCACGACAGGAUGCCUGACUGUGUGAUAUGUGGUGAUAUAUAA